AUGGAAGCUGCAGAUGCCCGAGAGCUCCAGGAAAGACCACAGAGAGAACGCCGUCUCCCUACGUAUCUACUUGAUUAUGAUGUUGGAUACCCUCCACGACCCAACCAUCCUAAAGCCGCUUCAACCAGUUCCUGCUCAAGCUCCAGCAGUAAACACAGAAGCCAAUCUAGGAGAUCCGGUAGUGGCUCCUUCCGCAGCAUAGGCAGAUCAAGUAGAGGUCAUUUCCCGAACAUAGAGUUCAACUCAACGCAGUCUGCUCUUCUGGAGGAAGGGUUGAGUCAAAUCGAGCUUGAUGACCUUAGACAGGAACUAGCUGAGGACACUCAAGCAGAUAUGGAGUAUCAGCGCUUACAGCUCCAGGCUAAGGAGGCGCAGCGCGCACAAGAAGAAGCACUACUUGCUAAGGAGACUCUUCAUAAACAACUGGAUAGGAAUCGUCGCCUGCAGGAAGCCCAGAGAAGGGUGAGAAUGGCUAAACUGGUCUCCUCAGUCCUAAACACAGAUGCGCAGGCUGUUUCACCAGAGCCCUCAUUAACUCCUGAAGGCUACCUCCAGCUACCACUCAGCCACCUUCUGUGCCAAGACAACCCACACCUGUGCCAGACAACGCUCCGAGCCUUCUUCAAGCCACGCAGCCAACGCAAUAUGCUGAUUGCUUCCACUUACGGUAUUCCCAGGCCUACCCUGCCUUAUUUUGAGAGUGGACGUGAAAGCGACUUUGCCCUGCUGAAGAUGGCACUCGACAACCUCCUGAGUACCCACACUCACCUCAGUGAACAGUAUAAGUAUCAGGUACUACUCGGUCAGCUGAAGCACGCUAGCGCACUCCAACUUGCUAAAGCUCACAUGUACCACCCACAGCCCUACACCACGGCCUUGAAAGCUCUUCAAGACAAGUACGGCCAACCACGGCAGCUCGUUCAAUCUGAACUGGGUACAAUAUUGAGCAUGCCAGCUUUCAAACCAGGAGACUUUGCUGCAUUCGACUCCUUCGCCCUGGCGGUGCAGUCAUUGGUUGGAAUGCUAAGGUCACUUGAGGGUCAUAACAGUUACGAGCUGAUGUGUGGCUCUCACGUUGAUCGCCUGCUGAGCAAGAUGCCGCCACACCUCCGUGACAGCUUUGUGGAAUACUGCCUGACCCGUGGUAUCCUUCAGACAGUUGUGCAACAUCUGAACUUCAAGGGUGAUUCCGAGACCCUGGCUCUCCGGACAGUGCAUCGAAAAGUUGAACACAUUGCUGGCUCAUCUAUCUCCUUUGAGAUUUCUCCCAUUGAGAACCCCUCUGAGAGGUGGAAAUUCAAGCACCUCCCACUGAGUCCAACUUCAGCCAAUAGGAUGACUGAUCCACAGGUGGGGGAGUCGGAGGCCCUGGAGCUCGACUGUAAAAUCUGCUACAGUCGCUACAACGCCACCAACAGGAGGCCAAAAGUACUGCAGUGUGAACACAGAGUGUGUGGGCGCUGUGUGGAGAGACUACUACUGCAGAUAUGUACUACAGGAGACGUCUGGCUGAUGGUCACAUGUCCGUUCUGUCGACAGGAAACCAAAAUUCGACACAAUGAGCUGUGGCUCAUGGGAGAGGACACUCGCAUCCUUUCAGUCCUGAUUAAAGAGACUUUUCAGAGGAAGAAACCAACCCAGAUCCGAGACCAGACCAGGACUGGGACCAGGGACCAAAGCAGAGACCAGACUGUGGCCUCGUCUGGUUCUGCAGAGGUUCUGUUAAGCCCUGCCUCCCUUUCAGACUCGGACUGUCUCCUCAUCACAGUAAUGGAAGUCCCCGAAGACUCAAGCUCAUCACUGAGCAUGCUUAGUGCCAUCUAUCGUCCUCCAGGCUCUGCCCCCUUGCCUCUGUCUAAGAGCCGCAGUGUGCCGCGCUGCCUGGUGGGGGCGCUGUGCGUGUUUUACUUCUCGUCGCUGCCUCUCGGCAUUUACCUACUCAUGAGCUCACACCUGUGGGUGGGUGGGGUCUCUCAACGCUGGGGGGGCGGGGUCUGUCAGCGCUGGGUGGGCGUAGCCUUGGUGGCACUGGUACCGGUGACUCUGGUGACACUGGUAUCAUACGCGGCAUGCCACUGUCUCAUCCAGGAGGCUGUACACAGCAAACGCCAUACCCAACAUGGACGGCGCUUGUCUCCAUGA